UGCUGCGCUCGUCAGCAAACUUUUCCGUCCUCUUCAGUUUGCGGUGAUCCGGAUGGUGAAGUGUCUCCGUUGCCUUUUGUUUUGGUGUUUUCCUCCUGAAGGUCGCUGAUCCAGCAGCAGGUGUUGCCACCAUGUCCUUAGCGGAUCAGCAGUGGUGUCCCACAAGCGUUCAGGUAACGGUGCUCCAAGCCAGAGGUCUCAGGAUUAAAGGGAAAGGAGGCACAAAUGACGCGUAUGCGCUUAUGCAAGUGGGCAAGGAGAAGUACCAGACCUCGGUGGUGGAGAAAACAGUAGCUCCGACAUGGAAGGAGGAGGCCACCUUCGACCUGCCGCCGCUUCAGGGUGGAGGAGGAGGGAAGGAGCGCAGCACGCUGCGCGUCCACGUCCUGCACCGGGCUCUGGUGGGACCUGACAAGCUGCUGGGACAGGCUGUCAUCGACCUGCUGCAGCUCAGUGACGACAAAACCCGCAACAAAACAGAAUGGUUUAAGUUGCUGGAUAAAACUGGUAAGCCAGACAAAGACCGUGGAGAGGUGUUUGUUGACAUCCAGUUCAUGAGGAACAACAUGACCGCCAGCAUGUUCGACCUCUCCGCUGCAGGGAAAUCCCGCUCCCGCCUGGGAAAGUUUAAGGAUAAAGUGCGUGGAAAGAAAAGGGAGUCGGACUCUUCCUCAGGUGUGGUGCCGUCCAUUACACAGGUUCUGACUGACAGCGAGGAAGAUGACACUAGUGGAGGUGGUGAGGGAGCAACAGGCAAGGAUGGAAAAUCUAAGCAACACAAGAGGAUGUCUUUGUUUUCUUCUAAAUCCAACCUUCAGAGGAACAUGUCUCAAUCCAUGUCCGUCCUGCCGGGAAAGAACUCCUCUUUGAGCGGCAGUCAAUCAUCUGGGCUGAACGUGGACUCCUCUGAGGGGAAAAAGAAGUUCAAGUUCAAGAUACAUAAACACUCCAGUAACUCUAAAAGUAAAGAUUCAUCCUCAGGCCAACAAAAGCAGGAGCAGAGCAAUGUAUGUAUCAACGGCAGCCAUAUUUACUGCGAGGAGGCACCGUCUCGACCGUUACGCACUGGAUCCAGCUUCAGCCAGUCAAGUUCAAUAAAUGAAUCCAGAGAGGAUGCCCCAGAAAACUUUUCUCCCUCUGUGGAUUCCCUUAAAGCCCAGAGGGAGUAUUCCCCCUGGAUGGAGGAAGAGGAGGAGGAUGAAAAUAUUAAGGAUUUACGAGAAGAAGAGGAAGAAGAAAAGUUCGAACUGAAGACGGAUAUAAUAAAAGAAGAGGAAGAGGAGGCUAUCAGGAAACAACAAGGAGAACAGGAUAGAUUGACUGCAGAAAAGUUGAGAGAAGAUGAAGAGAACAGGGUCAAGAAAGAAGAGAUGCAACGACUUGAAGAAGAAAAAAGGUGGUUAGAAGAACAAGAAAGGAGAAAAUUUGAUGAGGAAGAAAAGAUGCGCAGAGAGGAAGAGGAAAAAAUCAAGGAAGAGUUGGACAGGAAGAGGCACGAAGAAGAACUUAAGUUAGCUGAAGAAAGGAGACUGAUGGAAGAGGAAGAAGAAAGGAGGAUGGAGGAGAAAGUCAAGCAUGAACAAGAGAGAGCUGAGGAGAUGUGGAAAAAAGAACAAGAAGAAAAGAAAAAGAGAGAGGAAGAAGAUAGGCUUAAGAAAGAAGAGAAAAGAAUUCAGGAGGAAACGGCUAGAAGAGAAAAUGACCAUGCUGGGCUAAUGGCAGAAAAGAAACAAGAAGAAAGGGGAAGGAUGGACGGAGAAGAGAAAUUCAGAAAAGCAGAAAGUGAAAGGAUUAGGAAUGAAGAGAUGAAAAGGAAGAAUGAUGAAGAAAAGUUAGCCGAGAUGAAAGAACAGGAACAGAAAAGGAGAGAAGAUCAACAAAAAAUGCAAAGAGAGGAGGAGAGGAAAAGGGCUGAAGAGCAAGCUAAACGGCAGGAGGAGGAAAGGAUUCAGAAAGAGAAGAUGCAAAGAGAGGAGGAAGAGAAGAGGAGACUAGAGAGAUUGGCCAAAGAAAAGCUAAGGGAAGAGGAAAGAAUAAAAGCUGAAGAAGAGGAGGAGGAAGAAAGGACUGAAAAAGAAAAAAUGAUAAAGGAAGAGAAGGCUAAGAAAGAGAGCAUGGAAAAGGAAAUGAGAGAGGAAAAAGAAAGGAUCCAGAAAGAGAAAAUGAGUAGAGAGAAGGAAGAGGAGAGGAGAAGGCAUGAGGAACUAGAGUGGUUGGCCAAGCAAAAGCUGAGAAAGGAGGAAGAAGAGAGAAGAAAUAUUGAAGAGGAAGCAAAAAGGGAGGAGGAAAGGAUCCAGAAAGAAAUACAGAGAGAGGAAGAGAGGAUGGAAAGGGAAAUGAGAGGGAAAGAAGAGAGAAUAAAAGAGGAAAAAAAGACAGCAGAGGAAAUUGAGAGAAAAGGGUUUAAGGAUGAGAAGGAAAAGGGGGAAGAAGAAAGGAGGCAGGAGAAUCUGACAAAAGGAAAAGAAGGCAAAAUAAAAGACAAAGAGAUAAGUGGAACAAAAUUAAAACUUAGAGUUCCUGUGGAAAUCACCUCCACUAAUCCAUUUGAUGAAAACAUUUCUCCUCCUUUGGAAACAAACAUCUCUUCUAAAGAAAAAACUGAUGAUCAAAGAUGUCAGUCAGGUGUUCCAUCAGUUAACAUAAGUGAUGUCACCACCAAUGAAAGGGACCUGAUUAACACUCAGCGGGGGAAAAGAACUGCUCCUAAGCCUCCUGGAAGGAAUCAGCCGCAAAGACAGAGACGGGAGGAGGAAGACAUGUCGUCUACACAUCUGUCACAAAUGAACAAGCAGAGUAAAGACAAAAACGUCAAAACUGUCAGUGUUGCUCCACAGCGUUCUGUGCAGAUAAUUGCUCCACUAAACAGACCUUCCAAAGAUUUGAACAACCUGAGCCAGACGGAAAAAGACUUCACCAAAGAGGAGACGACCAAAAACGGCAAACGUCCUGCUCCAUCAAUACCGUGCACUGCUAAAGAUGAGCCUCACAGAGGUGUGUUGGAGAUAAAAAAAGACAGAGCAGUUUAUGGAUUGAACCCAUUCGAAGAUGAUGAUGAUGACACUGAGCUCACAGCUUUUGAUGAAACAACAAACUCUGGCAAAACUGACCCAGUAUGCUGGCCUCCUGUCAAACAGGAAACUGACAAAGACGAUGCCAAAAUCAAAUCUUCAAAGAUGGCUCGUGCCCCCCUACCGCCCCCUCUGAAUGAGACCCCCUCAAACUCAAUAAUCUGUCAAAACCGUGAUGAAGACGGAGGGUCAGAUGCCAUUAGAGCAAUUGUUCCAAAUAAGACAUGCAACCCACAGAAAGAGGCCACCAGUCAUGUGCAGGUGAAAGAGUCUCCAAACAGAGAGUCCAAGCAGAUUGGGACUGUGGCAGCUAUAAAGGAGGAGGGACCUCCUGCAGCUUCACGCAGACUUCAGCCUGUAAAACCCCUUAAUCCUCUGGAGCAGCAGUCUGACUCUGUUGUUAAAGUUGGAAAUGAGAACAGAGCCACAGGAUUAGACUGUAAUGGAGUUCAGCACAAAACAAACGUUGGCACAGAGAGAUCAGGACCGUACUCCCAGCUGACUCGUGAGGAACUAAUUGCCUUGUUGUUGAAACAGGAGAGCCAGCUCUCUGAGAGGGAUAAAAAGAUAUCCGAGCUGGAGCAGUACAUUGACAACUUACUGGUGCGGGUCAUUGAGGAGAAGCCAAGUAUUCUAAUGUCCUUGAGCUCUUUAAAGAAGGCUGCCUAAGUGGAUUUACAGCUGACACUUUCAAUCAGAUCAGACCUCUGUGGUCCGACUUUAUUCACUUCACUUCUAAAUGAAAAAACUAGGCUUUCAAAGGUGGUUCGAGUUCAUCACUGAAUACUGGAUCUUUUGAUCAACAGACUGUGAGGUGGGAUAGACUUCAAAGAUAAUUUAUCGAGGAGAUGAAAUCAAAAAGCAGAGGUGAAUUAAUGCUAUGACUGUUGCAGUUUCAGAUAAACCAUUUUAUGUGUUUUUUUCUUUGUCAUGUCUGUAAAAAUCAAGUUACACAUUUCUAUAUGUGAUUCUCUGCAAGGACGUUUGAUUGUUUUCAUGUAGAGCAUUAAAGUAAAACAUCAGACAUGUUAUAUUGUCUGGUUAAAACAAAACAGUUUUUUUUCUCUUGCCUGGUCA